AGUACGCAGAGUCGGUUUUGUUGUUUACACACAAUAUUUUUAUCCGUGCGAUUUCAAUAUCAAAAAAAAAAAAAAAAAAAAAAAACAAAAAAAAAUAACAAUAAUGAACGUCCGAGACCAUUGUACAAUCAAGUGACGAACGUGUUUCGAUUGAUAAACAUUUUGUAUUUUUCGUUCCGUCGGAGUUUUUCUCGUACUUAACAACAACAACAACAACAACAACAACAAUAAUAUGGCCUAGCUUUGUGCAUCGUACAGGUCGUAGUAGCGUCCGUCUGCGAAGUAUAUUCAAUUGUUCAUUGACAUUGCCGUUACAGGAUACGUUGGCCGGUAAACGCUUCGCUUCGGUGCCCGCGCGGUCCGCCAGAGCGAUUGUGUACGCGAACGGCUUUUCCGCAAUGGAAACGGAACAUGCGGUCCCGUCGACCCAGGUCGGCGCCACGGAGAUCAACAAACAAGCCGAACGGUCCGCAAUCAGGGGGCCUCUGAUAAACAAUAUCAGGUAAGCCGCUACACGUUCUUCGGCCCCGUCGAUUUGUGUUUCGCUUGUAUAUUGUAUUUGUUUUUCAUUUCCGAUCGGCCUGCCUACGUUGUACCCGUCCGUUGCGGUUCACCCGUAGGCGACUGUAAUACGCGUUACAUUCCUUCACCGCGUGUCGACCGUCCGGUGAGAAGAAACAACAAAGUUGUUGAAGUACGCGCUAAUGCGGUCGGUGUAAUGUUUUUGUGAAAUUCCGUUAAUUUUCCCGGACGCGUAUGAUUUAAGUAAUUGCAUUGCAUUUCAAUAUGGUCGUUUAAUUUGAAAACGUUCAUCCAAUUAUCGUAGCCGCGGGUGUUUUAUUUUUCUUUUGCAAAAUAAACUAAACUCCUCUAACCCCCGUGCGUACAUUAUCACUACCAAAAGAGAACCCCGUACUUUGUAUACCUACAGCGUAGAGCACCCCGAAUUGUGAUUUUAAUAAAAAAAAAAAAAAAAACCAACUUGUUGAAAUUGUUCAAGUGUAUAAUAACACAAAUGUAUUUUUUUUUAAAUAUUUUCAAAAAUUUUUGGCAGCUCGAUUAUUAUAAUUUUACGAAGAAAAAAUAAGGCUGUCGUGCCGUAUGCGCUCUAUGGGUGGUGGUGUUAUGAACGCAGUGUGUACUCUGCAGUAUAAUAAUAAUUUCUGUAAUAAACAAGGUUAUUGUUAUUGUUAAUUUGUUGUUUAUAAUAUGAAAUAUUGAGCAUAUUAAAUAUUGCACAGACCCUAAAAACAGAAAUAAAAAAAAAAAAACUCUAAAACCAUACUGUUUUUCAAUUUUUUUAAAAUUUGUUUCCAAAUGCUUAUGAAUACUUUUGACUUUUAAACACACUACAUUGUUUUAUUUUUAUAUAAAUAGGUAAAUCAUAUUUAUUUUGUUGAAAAACUUGUUUCACGGUAGAACACCAAUUCAGCAUGAAUUUUGUAGGUAUAUGUGAACAAAUUCGAACAAGUUAUAUAUCUUCAAUAAUGGAUCAUUAUUAUGUGUUUUGUUUUUUUGUUGUUUUGUCAUAUGAAUAAAUAAACAAAUAGAUGGUGUCUCCAGUGUCAUUUCCUCUCAUCUUUUGCUACAUUUCAGUUAUUAUUUAUCAUGCCUUUGUUCCUUAAUUCGUCUGUGAUAGCAUCACUGAUAACAACCACAUAUCAUCAACCAACUCAAGAAUAAGGCGAAUGGUAAAACCGUCUUAGAUGCCACCGAUGCCGUCACAGAUGAAUUAAAGAACAUUAAGGAUGUCAUGCAAAUAUUUUGCUCUUGAAUCUUAGAUAUACAUGUGUAGGUAUAAACUUAAUCUGUAAUUUUUAAUUUACAGCAACAUGCCAACAUUUGGUUUACCAGCCAGUGCUUACGAAUUGAAUCCAAAUGCUCGGUUAACUUUUAAAUUUGAUAGAGAAAUGUUCAACAGUAGUCUAUUUGAUAGUGAAAUAGAAAUUAGUCCUGCUGGUAUUGGAAACAACAUGGCGUUUCGGUUUAAUAGAAAUGAUUUGUUUAGACCUACUCAGUAAGAUAUAAAUACGUAAUUAAUAAACAUAAUAUUUUGUUUACAGUUAUUAACUAAUAUCAUGUAACAGUUUUGAUUUUAGUAACAGAGGUAUGUUGUUAAACGGGCAUUUCACUCCAUCUAAUUUAGAAGUGGGUGAAAACUUAGAUACCAAAAGACAGCAGCAUUUGCAUGAACUUGGGAUGAAGAAAACCGAGAUCAAAUCCAAACCUUUCAAAUGCGAUAUUUGUAAAAAAUCGUUUUCCAGUUCCGGAGGUUUGACAGUUCACUACAGAACGCACACGGGUAACAAACCUUUUAAAUGUGAUUUAUGUAGUAAAACUUUUUCAAAUUCAAGUCAUUACAAUUACCACAUGCGUGUACAUUCAGGAGAUAAACCAUUUAAAUGUCAAGUGUGCAGCAAGGAAUAUUCUUGUGCUAACGGCAUUUUAUACCAUCAGAGAACACAUCACUUUUCGCAAGACACAAAACCUCUAAAGUGUGAUGUGUGCAACAAAUUGUUUUCAAGUGUUGGAGGUUUGACUGUUCACUAUCGCUCUCACACUGGUGACCGACCAUUUAAAUGUGAAGUGUGUUUCAAGACGUUCACCAGUUCAAGUCAUUGCAAGUAUCAUCAAAAAUCUCAUCUGCAAACAACUACAAAAAAAACAUUAAAAUGUGAUGUAUGUCACAAAUUGUUCUCCAGUUCUGGUGGUCUACAAGUUCACUAUAGAAUGCACACUGGUGAUCGACCUUUUAAGUGUGAAAUUUGUCUCAAAGCGUUUACCAGUUCCAGUCAUUUUAAGUACCACCAAAAAUCGCAUGUGGUUUCCAAUGAAAAAAAAUCAUUAAAAUGCGAUGUAUGUGAUAAAUUGUUUUCAAGUUCGGGUGGACUAUUGGUCCAUUAUCGUACACAUACUGGCCACAGGCCAUAUAAAUGUGAAAUUUGCUUUAAAUCGUUUACCAACUCCAGUCAUUAUAAAUAUCACCAAAAAACCCAUAUUGUUGGGGAUGGAACUGCCGAAUGGAAUAAAACAGCAGUCGCUCUACGUAGCUAUACCAAUCCCAGUUUGAAUAAUCCUGGUCACGGGCGGCCUCUCUCUCACGACAAGACAAUUGUCUGGGGAGAAAGAUUACCGUCGUCCACCCCUGACAUGGCAGAAACCUAAAGGGUGUUUUCAUAUUAUUCUGCCUCUAGGCGACCAAACUAGGCUCAGGUUUACUCCCAGUACUAUAAAAAAAAAAAAGGUAUUGGUAAUCAUGCUGGUCACAAAUUAUUUUAAUGUGCAAUUGCUUUAAAUCUUUUACCAGCUUCAAAUAUUGCCAAAAAAAAAUCCCAGAUUGAAGGUGUUCAUUGUAUAUUCAAUAUAUUUUGUAUUAAUUGUGGCUUUACUUAUUAAUUUUUACCCAGAAUAAACCUAAUUAAGUAAAUUAUUUUUUAGUUCUUUUUAUAAAUGAUUUGUAGUCUAAUAAAUAAAUUAUAAUUAAAAAUGUUUGUCUAUACUGUGUAUAAUGUGUAGGUACAAAAAUGUACAUUUUUUCUUUUUAUAUUUUUCUUAUUUUUAAUAUAUAUUAUAUAUAUGGAAUUAAUAUUUUAUGGAU